AUGAAGGUCUUCAGCUGUCUCCUUUGGGGCUUCACCUCUGUAGCACUUGUCGGGUUUUCACAGGGUCAAGAGGAGUCUAUUGUCUCCUUAGACAGCAGCAAAGCUUCAGAGACAGCAGCAAACACUUACACUCUAUCACAAUCCCAGGCUCUGCGGGGGGCGGCAGGUGCUGCAGGCAGCAGCAGCAGUUGCAACAGCAACAGCAGCAGCGACAGCAACAGCAUCAGCGACAGCAACAGCAGCACCAACAGCAGCAGCAACAGCAACAGCAACAGCAGCAGCAGCAGCAGCAGCUCUUUAGGGGACCUGGUCUUUGUUACAAUGAAGACGCUGCAGCGGGCAGCCCCGGACUUCUUCGAUAAGCUGCUGCUGCUGGUAGGUGAUGAGACAUCGUGGGGCCUCGAGAGUGCAGCAGUGGAUGUACAUUACUUCCCAAUUGUAGACAGCAGCAGCAGCAGCAACAAAUGGAGGGGGGGCCCCAUUGCAGCAGCAGCAGCAGCACCAGCACUGCUGCAAGGACCCUAG